AUGUCGGUGAUGGCAGUUCAGCAGGGUCCAUUUAUGAAAGACCAGUUGGUCCAGUUACGAGCCCAGAUCAAUGCCUUCAAAUUACUUUCCAAGUCACAACCAGUCCCCGAAACAUUGUUAUUGGCAGCUGAAGGAAGACAACUUCUGAGUCAUGCAUCUAUUGUAAUGACUGGACCGCCUGCUCCAAAUAUACCUGGACACCAAUGGUCUCAGUCCACUAUAGCUUCUAUACAGAGUGCACCAUUCGUAGGGGUUUCCCAAACAUCUGUCGCUCAGAGCGAAUUUCAUCCAACCAAUCCUACAUUGGCAAUUCCCUCUCGUGUGCGAGCUAAUGUGCAACCGGGUUUGGUGGCUGCACGUAUAGGUCCGUCAGUUGGUUACCAAUCAUAUACGGGAUCGGCUUCAACCGGAACCAUUUUACCUACUGCUGCUAGUACUUUUGGAAGAAGUAGGCUUACUCCCAUUCAACGUCCUCAGGGUUUAGAUCCCGUAGAGUUGUUAAAAGAAAGAGAACAACGUAUUCAGUCUCGUAUUGCACAGCGUAUUAAAGAGUUAAGUACUCUCACUGUAUUUGCUACUUCUGAACAGAGAGUUUCACUAUUAAUUGAGCUUCGUGCUCUUCGCUUAUUGAAUUUCCAACGGCAGCUGCGGCAAGAUAUAGUCUCGGCGAUGCGACGAGAUACGAGCCUUGAGACAGCUUUAAAUGUAAAAGCGUACAGAAGACCGAAGAAACAAACACUUCGAGAGGCUCGGUUUACAGAAAAGUUGGAAAAACAAAUGAAGCAUGAACAAGAGAAAAGACGCCGUCAAAAGCAUCAGGAAUUUUUGAAUGCCAUUCUUAGUCAUGGGAAGGACUUCCGAGAGUUUCAUCGUAACGUUAAUAGCCGAAUGAUAAAGAUAAAUAAAGCUGUUCUAAAUUACAAGGCCAACGCUGAACGUGAUAAGAGGAAGGAACAAGAACGGAUAGAUCGUGAGCGCAUGAGACGUCUAAUGGCUGAGGACGAAGAAGGUUAUCGGUGUCUUAUCGAUGCAAAGAAGGAUCAGAGGCUUCAUCAUUUACUGACUCAAACCGAUGAAUUUAUUAGUAAUUUGACCAAGCUUGUCCGCGAUCAUAAGCGAGAACAAAGCAAGCAACGUUUUAGGGAAAGAUCAGAAAGACGAAAGUUUGCUCAAGAAUCAGCUCUUCAAAAUGCCGUUGUAUUGUACCGAAAAUUAGCUGAUGAUGUUAUAAAAAGUGGGGGAGCACCACCAAGCUAUUUAGCUACUCUGCCAUCUACUGAGAAAUUUCCAGAAGAACUUAGCCAAGUAAACCGUGACUGGGUAUGCGGCAAAAUGUCCUCGUCUAAUAUACAACUACCUGAAGUUCGUAUACCCAUGUAUCAGACAACAACAAAAGAAACUGUUGAAGGCGAUGCUGCACCAUUGGCUUCAGAAGUCUAUACGUGGCUUCAAGAUCAUCAAGGUUGGGAGAUUCUUCCUACUGAUACUGACGGCUCGGUGAUACAUGAUUUAUUGGAAACAGAUGAUGAGUACAAACGUAAACGCAAAUUUGAUGACGAUGAUGAUGAUGAUGAUAAUAGUAUGGUGCAUGUAGGUACUGAAGAUGAUGAAUAUAAUAAACGUGGUGAGUCUGGUGCUAACGCACCUCAAUCAUAUUAUACACUUGCCCAUGCUGUGCGUGAAGACGUCAAGGAGCAAGCUAGCAUUCUCGUUCAUGGUCGACUAAAAGAAUAUCAGUUGAGGGGUCUUGAAUGGCUUGUUUCAUUAUAUAACAAUAACUUGAAUGGUAUACUAGCUGAUGAAAUGGGUCUUGGCAAAACUAUUCAAACGAUUGCUUUGAUCACUUAUCUAAUGGAAAAAAAGCGUGUGAAUGGACCAUUUCUAAUUAUCGUGCCACUUUCAGUCAUGUCGAAUUGGGCAAUGGAAUUCGAUCGAUGGGGGCCAAGCGUAAAGAAGAUAUUGUAUAAGGGUUCACCUCAAGCUCGUCGACUUCUCCAGACGCAAAUAAAGGCUUCGAAAAUAAAUGUGCUAUUAACAACUUAUGAAUAUAUCAUCAAAGACAAAGCUGCCCUGUCCAAAGUAAAGUGGAAAUAUAUGAUAAUCGACGAAGGUCAUAGAAUGAAAAAUCAUCACUGUAAAUUAACUCAAGUACUGAAUACCUACUACACAGCACCUUAUCGACUUCUACUUACCGGUACACCUUUGCAGAAUAAACUACCUGAAUUAUGGGCUUUGUUAAAUUUUCUACUGCCGACAAUUUUUGAAAGUGUCAAUACAUUUGAACAGUGGUUUAAUGCCCCAUUUGCUGCAACUGGGGAAAAGGUUGAGUUAAAUCAAGAGGAAACACUACUUAUUAUUCGUCGUUUGCACAAAGUGUUGCGUCCAUUCUUGUUACGUCGACUGAAACGUGAAGUUGAAUCUCAACUGCCCGAAAAAGUUGAAUAUGUGAUUAAAUGUGAAAUGUCAGACUUACAAAGAGUUCUGUAUUCGCAUAUGCAGUCUAAAGGUGUCAUUCUAACCGAUGGAUCAGAAAAAGAUAAAAAAGGCAAAGGUGGUUGUCGAACUUUAAUGAAUACUAUUAUGCAACUAAGAAAGAUCUGCAAUCAUCCAUUCAUGUUUGCACAUAUUGAAAUGGCUAUAGCUGAACAAAAUUUUUUAAAUGUACACAACGGUAACCCACCAACCAGUCUGCCAGUGCCAACACAAGUUGAAGGUAAAACGUUGUAUCGAGCUUCAGGAAAAUUCGAACUGUUGGAUAGAAUUCUACCUAAGUUAAAAGCUUGUGGACAUCGUGUACUGAUAUUUUGUCAAAUGACAAGCUUAAUGACAAUUAUGCAGGACUACUUCGACUAUCGAAAUUUCCGUUACCUGCGUCUUGAUGGAACUACACGUUCAGAAGAUCGUGGUGAGCUGCUGGUGAAAUUCAACGAUGCUUCGGAGGAUAUAUUUAUUUUCUUGCUUUCAACUCGUGCUGGUGGCUUAGGUCUGAAUCUUCAAGCGGCAGAUACGGUUAUUAUAUUUGAUUCAGAUUGGAAUCCACACCAAGAUCUACAGGCUCAGGAUCGUGCUCAUCGAAUCGGUCAGCAGAAUGAGGUUCGGGUCCUACGUUUGAUUUCCAUCAAUUCAGUUGAGGAGAAAAUCUUAGCAGCAGCACGUUUCAAACUGGAUGUGGAUCAAAAAGUUAUUCAAGCCGGUAUGUUUGAUCAGAAGUCUACUGGUAUGGAACGGCGGCAGUUUUUACAGGCAUUACUUGAACAAGACGAAGAAGCCGAUGAAGAGGAAGAUGAAGCUCCGGAUGAUGAAACCAUUAACCAAAUGUUAGCGCGUAACGAAGAAGAAUUUGAAAUCUAUCAACGGUUAGAUGCUGAACGUCAAUUCGCUGAGAGUCAGCAAGCGAAACGAGAGCCGCGUCUAAUGGAAUUUUCAGAAUUACCAAAGUGGAUUGUGCGAGACGAUAUCGAGCUUGAACGAAGCUUACUAUUGGAAGAGAGUGUGUUUGGAAUGAAACGUCAACGUAAAGAAGUGGAUUAUUCAGAUGCACUUACAGAGCGACAAUUCCUGAAAGCAAUCGAUGAAGGUAGUCUGGAAGAAGCUGAAGAACGUCAGCGUCAAAAACGAGCAGCACGUAAAAAGCGUAAGCGGAUAGAUGAUUCUAGUUUUAUGGAUGAUGGUAGCUCUGAAGCUGGAAGUGUUAUUAUGGCUGCACCACAGGCUGCCAAACGACGUCGUGGACGUCCACCUCAUGGCUCUUCAACUGGUAGUACAUCAAGGUCAUCGAACCAGUCGAUUUCACCAAAACUUGCUAAAAAGUUACAACGUCUGUUGGAUAUUGUAAUAGAAUAUAAGGACAAAGAUCAAAGGAUUCUCAGUGAGCCUUUCAUGAAAUUACCGACAAGGAAAGAGCUACCAGAUUAUUAUGAAGUGAUCAAGAAACCGGUAGACUUUAAUCGUAUUCGACAGCGUGUGAAAGAUGGGAAAUACCGAUCAGUUGAUGAAUUGGAAACUGACAUUUUACUUUUAUGUAAAAAUGCUCAAACGUAUAAUAUGGACGGAAGUUUAAUUUUCGAGGACUCAGUGGUACUGCAAUCCGUAUGGACUAAUGCUAGAGAACGAUUGGAAGAAAUCGAAUCACGGCAACAGUCCGAUUCUCGUCAAUCAAGCCACUACAACACUUAUUCUAGUCAGCAUCAUAGACAUGUAACCAUAGAUGAUGAAGAUGAUGAAGAAGAACAAGAGGAUGAAGAUGAACCUACAACUGAUGGAGCAGAAAUCACGACGGGAAACGGUCAGCAGAAUAUCCCUGAAAAUUCCGUGAAUGAAGAUAGUCUCGGAGGUUUAGACGAUUUAGAUGAUGAAGAAGACACUAUGGACGAUCCUAUGGAGGAUGAUGAUAGUGCUAGCCGUAGUUCGUUUAGUAGUAAGGCUAGACGUGCAUCACGAAAGCCUACAUAUUGCAUUUCACGUAGUACGAACAGUUCAGUAUCUGUCAUCUCAAAGGCGAACCUUCCACCUGGAUCUCACAGUCAUUCGCGUCCACUAGUUAAUGCUGAGUCUGGGGAACCAGUCGUAGAGUCAAUACGUAUUAACACUUCCGGUACUGAGAAUCUCCUACCACCGAGAAAGGCUCGUUCACAUAAACGUGUAAUGGUUGAUGAUAGUGAAGAAGAGGAAGACUCAGAUAACGAUGUGGGUGACGAUGAUCCUGAUGAUGAAGACUUUUAG